AUGUUUCCCACCCGCGCCCUGCUGGGGCGAUCCGUUUGGAAAGGCCCGAACAUUGUCCCCCUCCCUCUCCCCCGCAAGCUCCCCCCUGCGCCGAACACCCCGCCGAUCAAGACGCAGAAGCGCAGCGCAACCAUUCUCCCCAACUUCGUCGGUCUGCGGUUCUCCGUCCACAACGGGAAGAAUUAUCAGGAUGUGCUGAUCACGGAGGAGAUGGUCGGGCGGAAGCUCGGGGAAUACGUUCCGUAUGUUGCCAGCGCCUGGUCUAUGUCGUUGAGCAUGGUGGUGGUUGUGGUGGCAUUCGCUAACGGUUGCAUUUGUCAGGACCCGCAAGAGAUUCACGUACAAGCAGUCGAAGAACAAAUGAUCAAGGCGUCGAUGUAUCGGUCGGGGUGGUGUGCUGUUCUGUCUAUACCUGACAUGGGGAGGUUUCUGUCCGGAAUCGGGGGCCGUAAGCAGUGA